CUGCUCCCUCUCCUCCUCAUGUUGCUGCUAUCCAAUAUCAACCUGAAGAAGAGGAAGAGGAAUCCAAUUGUGUACCCAAAUGGGGUAUUUCCAUUUAUUCGUUCACCGCUGAAGGUGGUGAUGAAUUAUCUGUGGAGGAAAAUGAACAGAUUUAUGUUUUAGAUUAUGAAAGAACAGACGGCUGGUGGCGUAUUCAAAAAGUCGAUGGUGAAACUGGUUUAGUACCUUCUUCUUAUGUUCAAUUCGAUGAUGAGGAGGAUGAUGUACCUGUUGGUACUGCUGCUGCCGCUGGUCUAGCUGCUGGUGCUGCCGCUGCUGCUGCUGCCGCCGCUGGAUCUGCUCAUUCCCGUGCCGAUAAUGUUGAAGAAAUUAGAAGGAAGCGUGAAGAAGAAGAGCGUAUUUUACAACAAAAACGUAUCGCAGAAGAAGAAGAACGUGAAUUGCAGAGACGCAGAGAACAAGAAGAAAGGAAACGACGUGAAGAAGAGGACAAUCGUCGUAGAGAAUAUUUCAAAGGGUGAAGAAGUAACACCCUCCAUGCCUCCUCGUCCUCCCCAACAACCACCACAACAAGUCUCUAAACCACCACAAAAGAAAUUAAACGAAAGAUGGGACUGGUUUGAUUGGUUUAUGGUGAUUGGAAUUCCUAUGCAAGCAUCACUCCAAUAUGCUUCUGCUUUCAAGGCUGAAAAAUUAGAUGACAGUGACAUUCCUAACUUGACUCACAAGCAAAUGAAGACCUUGGGUAUCAAGGAAGAGCACGUUCAGCGUAUUGAAAGAUACAUCGAAACUGGCCAACCCGAAGAUACCUCUGAAGAUGGACCUAUCAAAAAGGACCAAAGUCAAAUAGAAAAAGAUGAAGAGUUGGCUAGAAAAUUACAGCGUGAAUGGGAAGGUUCUGAAUCUGGAUCUAAGAGUAGAGGUGUUUCUGCAUCGGCUAGACCUAGACCUACAGUGUCUGCACCAAAAGACAUCCAUCCUGAUUUAUUAGACUUUAUCGGAAACCAAUUGACCUCUACCACCGACAAUAGUAAAGGUAAAGCACCUGAAAAGCCUGUGGGUGAUUUAGUCGGCUUUAAUGACGAUGCAUGGGCUCCUCGUGCCGAAACAAGUCCUAUCGCUACGUUAUCCCCCGUCAAGUCUGCUCCUCCUCCUCCUCCUGCCGCACCCGCCGGUCCCACUCCUGAGCAAAUCAAGGCUGCCGAAGCUGAACGUAAACGUGUUGCUGAAGAAGAACAAAUCCAAAAGAUCCAAUUGAUGAGUUUACAACGUCAAGCUCAAGAACAACAGAAGCAAUUGGAACAAUUACAGGCAUUGACUAAACAACAGCUUGAACUUCAAAAGCAGUUGGCCAUGCAAACCGGUAAUCAACAACAGCAGCAUCAACAACAGUUACAGAUGCAACAAGUACAGGCUCAACAGCAUCAACUUCAACAACAAUUAGCUCAACAACCCUCCCAGCUUCAACCUUCUUUUGCUAUCCAAGCUCAACCUACUGCUAUGCAAAUGCAACAACCUCAGCAAACAUCUGCUCCCCGUCAAAGACCUACUCCUACUAAUAAACUUAAUUCUGACCCCUCUCUUGGACAAUGGUUACCUAAUCAACAACAACAACAACAACAGCCAAUGCAAACCGGAUACCAACAGCAACAGCAACAGCAACCACAACAGCAGCAACAGCAACAACCUAUGCACACUGGGUUCCAACAACAACAGCAAUCUAUGCAAACUGGCUUCCAACAACAACCCUCAUGGCAAACACAACAGCUUCAACCUCAAAUGACUGGAUUCCCUGCAUCAAGUCAGCCUGUUGGACAAAAUUUCCAACAACCUAUGGCAGUCGCUACUGUACCACUCUCAUCCAUUCUUCCACAGCCUUUAUUACCUACAGCUGCUGGACAGCAUCAAGGUGGAUUUAAUAAUGGACUGCAAAGAGCUCAAACGAUUAGUGCACAAGCUACUGGUAGACAUUGGGGUACAGCUACACCUGAUAAUCCAUUUGGAUCGCCAACACUUUCACCAUUACAAGCACAAAUGACUGGUGUCCAGUUCUCUACACCAAGUCCCCAAGCAUUCCAUCAUAGUCCUUUGCAAUCUCAACAACCCACAGGAUACAUGCAACCUCAAAUGACAGGUUUCCAAUCUCAGCCACCUCAACAGCAACAACAACCCGCCAACAGCAUUUUCACACCUCAAGGUUCAAUGCAAUAUGGCCAAAGCGCAUUCCCUAACAACCAACGUCCUUGGUAAACCAUGAAGUAAAAAAAAAAAGAGAGAGAGAAAAAAAAGAGAAAAAAAAACUUCCAUUCUUUAUUUUUUUUUAAAA